AUGGGACACCUCACGUCAGAAGAGUCACUCUUUAUUACCAAACCAUCUCUACCUCUCUUCAGUGGUCACAUCAUGGCUAGCAGUCAGAGUGGAGGAAUUCUAGAUAAAGUAUCUUCUGUUGGCAGCAUUGGAUGGUACCAGUUAAUCAAAAGCAGACCAGCCACACUAGAGAACGUUAUCAAAUACGCUGACUUUCGCGAAAACGUCGAACUGGAGUCUGUCAUUCAUAAGGCUGCAAUAGAACACAGUCCUGAUUCUGACGCACUGCUACGGAUCAUGAACUCCAGCGUUCCGACUUUGCCUGGAGCGUCGAGAACGAUAGUUAUACCGUCCAGUAAGCCAGUCUAUAAAUGCGUCGGUGAUUGGCUCAACGACACGUAUGUGAUCGCCAUUUCCAAAUCUUCAGAAAUCCUUGUAAAUGGAGAAGCUAUUGUGAGCAACCAAAGUUUCGGAUUUAUUGAAAUAGUGCAAUCGAUCAAAGCGUCUGGAGGUCACACGUUCGUCCAUACGAUUCUGGCCGAUUGUUCCUCUACCACAGCACCAGAUUCAAUCAAAUCAUUCAUUAGAACAAAGAGCAGUCCAUCUUCUAACUUGUUACCGUCUAUAACAGGAGUAGGAGGAGAUGGUCGACUGGGUCUACUUGUUUACGAGAAUCAACUGCCCAGCAAUCUCGACAUAGCAGUCGGUGACGCAGUGGUAGGUCGGCCCAGCGGUUCCAUCGCCGGUUACGUUAAAGACAAAUACAACUCGUUUGAUGACAAGAUCACAUACAUUGAAUUGAAACCGACCAGCGCUAUCGGCAAACCUCUGUGUGGAUCAACGAAUUCUGAUGGAAUUGUAGACAGCAAUGAUGACGGUACGGAAUUAGGCGACGUUGUCAUCAUUGUCGGUACGACUGAUAUUGUAAAUAAUGCGCCAAUGGUACAAGACAAAAUCGAAAAAGGAUCUCUCUCGUUAUCUGCAUGCGACUCUAUGUCAUCAAGCAACCUAGAGCCCACAUUCAGUCUAGAUCGUAUUCUCAAUCAUCAGAUGUCGAUUGCCUUUGGAACUGCUUCGCUAACAACAGAUAUCAAACUGUCAUAUGAUCCCAAUAUUACCAUGACGUUCCGAAGUAACCACACUUCACCAUUUGUUACCAAGUUUGGUUUUCAGUUUAGCGGGAACGUUCGCCUAUUUACAAGAACCAAAGUCACACUUCAUGUAAAAAGAGACGGUAGUGUUAAUGGUCCAGCAGGAAUUGGUGCCAUACCUCUUCCUAGAGAAGGCAAACCGUUCUGUAUCACCGUGGGACCUCUUUGCAUUCCGGGGAAUCUCGGAUUUGAAACAUCAUUGUCGUAUAGUCUCAACUAUGACGUAAAGUCGUCAGACUAUGCAUCAGACAUCGAAGUAGCUCACGAGUACGUGACCAAUGGAAGUCUUAAAGCGGGGGUCUUGUGGCGUAAUGACGUUGGCAGCGAGUUUGUUAGAGAGGCUCAAAUCAAACCUCAGCAAGAGUUGCCACUCACAAAGUUUAAAUCACCUAAGAAGAUAAAAGGACGGAGCUCGUCUCUCGAGACGACUGUCUUCCCAAACUUUCAGAUCACGUGGCCAUCUUCCUACAAGCUACCCGAACAUGUCACCACAAGAGUACCAUCAUUCAUAAAGAAAAAACUGGAUAUGCAUGUCACCAACACAUCGACUCCUUCUUCAAUCACCAUACAAGUCCAACCGACUUUGCACGGAAAAUGGACAGCAAAAGAAUGUUCUUUGGGCUGCCCUCUUGACAAGAAAUUAGAGAUGGAAUCACUGGCUGGUGUAAGCAACAUUACUGGUUCCAUAUCACUCUCUCUGCAAAAUUUUGAGAUGACAGAACAACUUAAUCCUUUAAGAUCAAGUCAUUUUAUUGAUGUGAAGUCUGGUGUGUGUAUACAGCAAGAAACAAAUUGCUUAUGUGAGUGUCCCGGCCGUGGUAAGUGCGAGGAGAGGAGUGGCAUCAAACGUUGUCUCCCAUGUCCGAGUUCAGCGUCGUAUUGUUUCUCACCGUGUCCUCCCGGUACCGUCGAGCAAUACAACAAGAAACAAGACAAAGUUGAAUGCAAAUGUCGUUGUGCUGACUUCAGUCUUAGAGACUAUGAAAACGGUGGCAUUUGCAAGUGUGGAUGUACGUGUCAAGAUGGAAGUAAAAGCACGAUUGGUCCUGACGGUCACUGUGAUUGUUCAUGCAAAUGUAACAACUGCCAACACUCCAUUCUCGGACCCAGCGGUUGUAUCUGUUCUAAUGACAAGUGUCCUUCAUGCCUUGAGGGUAUGGAAGCGGUUUGGCAAGACUGUGUGUGUAGCUGUCAGUCUAAACAAGAUCGAGGAGGUCUACCUCCCGUUUGCGCUGAAGGAUGGAGAGGUCCUUUCUGUGAUGUUCCUGAUUGCAGCCCUUGGCCAUACUGCUCUGACAAUGGUAAAUGUACAAUACCACAAGGUGAUCAAACUGAUCAACAUCCAUACUGUGUGUGUGAGCCUCAAUGGAUUGGCAGAGGAUGUCAAAUUGCAAGACCGAGAAGAAUAGCAGGAGAUCCACACUUGGAAACUCUUGAUGGUUUCAGCUACGACUAUUUUGAUAUCGGAGAGUUUUGGUAUUGCAAAAGUCGUGACAAUGACUUUGGAGUUGCAACACGAUUUUUCAAGUAUCAGCGUGUGUCACUUAUUGGGGCUGUAGCAAUCAAGGUGGAAAGUAAUAUUGUAACAAUUACAACUCCACACAAUCCUUCUCCAAAUGAUCUCCCUUUUGUGAGAAUUAAUGGUGUUGUCGUGGCUCCACUAAAAGAAGAGAAGCUGAGUUUAGCUAAUGGCAGAGUGCAUAUGGAAGCCACUAUUUAUCAUAAUAAUUCCUCAUCGGCAAAUGAAGAAGACAGCGGCACCAUUCGAGCUCUCAUUACUUUCCAGUGGUAUAAUGAUGUCUACUUGUCUGUUGAAGUUCGCUACAGUCCUGGCAUGAAAAGACAAUUCAUCAAUAUUCUCUUCUCUCCCGUUGCCACAUUCAAAGGCAAAACAGAUGGUCUGUGUGGCUACAUGGACGGAGAUUUGAAUAAUGAUCUGUUGGGAUCAGAUGGAAUCACUUAUUCACUACAGGAUAACGUGACAUUUGCAAAGACAUGGAGAAUCACACAAACAUUUAGUGGCUCUGGUUUGAAUGGCACAUGGUCUUGGUCUCACUCCAAUUUUUACAGAGAUGAUGUGAUGGAUAUUUCCUACACUGAUCCUACAUUUGUACCACUAUACAGCAUUGCAGAUUUGCAACCAUCUCUCAGACACAUGGCCACAUCAGCGUGCAGUCAACUGAAUCUAACUGGAGUUAGACUGAACGAGUGCAUAUUUGAUGUAGCGGUCACUAACGACACAUCCCUUACCGAACAAGAAGCAUUCAAGAUUGGAUGUCCAACUCAAUGUUCUGGCAAAGGCCUUUGUGUUAACAACACUUGCGUGUGUGUUUCUGGAUGGUUUGGAGACGAUUGUAGUCGAGGUUCUUGUGCAAAUUGCAGUGUGCAUGGAGACUGUGUGUCUGGAUUCUGUCGCUGUCAUUUCGGAUGGGAUGGACCAUUCUGUGAAAGGCCUGCUACUUGUUUUGGUGUAUCAAACUGUACUAGUGUUUCUUAUGGACUGUGCAAGUCGGACGAUGUGUGUGAGUGUACACCAGGUUAUAUUGGUGAGGCGUGCAAUGAGAAAGCGCUUUGCGAUAACGUGAACCAUUGUUCUGAUCAUGGCGUGUGUGUCGAUCAUGAUAAGUGUGAUUGUGAGUUGGGAUGGGUUGGUAUUAACUGCACUCUCUACUCGUGCGAACUCAACGGAUACUGCAGCGGCCACGGUCGAUGCGUCGAUUUUGAUGUGUGUCAGUGUGAUGUGGGAUGGGCCGGUGGUAGCUGCACCACUCCUCUCUGUAACGGUGUAGACGAGUGUUCCGGUAACGGUGAGUGCGUGUCACCUAACGUUUGCCAGUGCUACGAUGGAUACUCGGGUAGCAAUUGUGCCGUUGCCGACGUUUGUCCUGAAGUGAACGAUUGUUCUGGUAACGGAGUGUGCCUUUCACCAAAACAGUGCAGAUGUUACUCUGGCUAUUCUGGUAAAAAUUGCAGACAAGCGCAGUGCAAGGGAAGGAACGAUUGUUCCGGUCACGGCAAAUGCGUUGAAGUGGAUCUGUGUGAAUGUGAGUUUGGAUACACCGACUCGAACUGCAGUUCCUACUCGUGCGAGACACAUAACUUCUGUUCAGGUCAUGGAACGUGUCCAUCGUUUGACCGAUGUUUGUGUCAAAUCCAUUGGAGUGGUGUAGCUUGUGACAUUCCCGAUUGCUCCAACGUGGACAAUUGUACCGACGUUUCUCACGGUACCUGCAUUGCUCCCAAUACGUGCUUAUGUGAAGCUCAGUAUGAUGGAGACAGUUGUAAUGAAACAGCAGAAAGCAACGCCAAUCCACCAGUAUUUCCAACAGUGAAGGUAAGUCUGACAGCUGCAACCAACAGUCGCGUAGGAUCGACAAUUUUGACUUUAUCUGCUACCGACGGUGAUCGCGGCAAGAACGGUCGCUUAUCUUACUCCAUCACCAGCACUAACAACAACCAUACACAUUUUCGAUUAAAUGGUAGCUCGGCUGAUAUCAUUCUAUCAAAGUCACUCAAAUAUCUAUCUGGAUCUCUAUUGAUGUUUGAACUCUUUGCCAUUGAUGGUGGAGAGCCGAGCCUAACAGGAUCUGUAGACAUUGAAGUAUCCGUAGUGAAGCCCAAUCAACAUUGUCCCGUCUUCAAGAAUUUUCCCAAAGUCGUCAAUGUUCCGGAAAGUGCUGGGACCGGAUAUGUGAUAGCUCACGUAACGGCAACCGACGACGACGGCUCGGAUUCGGUCAAUGGUGUCGUCAGCUAUUCGUUGGAAACGACUAACACUGGCAAGUCCAGUACCGGAAACACGACGCAAAACCAACUGCCGACCGAUGCUGACUCGUUUUCAAUAAAUACGAACUCUGGAAAGAUAACAUCCCGUCGUCCACUAUCUGACGAUACGUAUAGUGUGAUCGCAGUGGCGUCAGACCAGGCCAGUCCACCUUGCAGCUCUACAGCUACUCUUCAAGUUAAUGUACUCUCCUCUAAUACUCCUCCUGUCUGUGAACCAUCUAACGUCGCUACGUCUCUUCCCUACACUACAGCCGUCGGUUCGCAUGUUUUGCGUUUGGAUGCCGUAGACAACGAUAACGGGACCGACGGUGAUCUGACCUUCUCUUAUUCUAACUUUCAAUCACUAUUCUUGCACAAUGUAUCACCACUGACGUUGCUGCAACGUAACAAAACAGCAUAUUUGUUGCUUUCGAGUCCUCUUCGGUCGCCUGUCAACAGCAACUCUACAUUUUAUGAUCUUUCAUUGUUGGUAAGUGUAACAGACGCUGCUCGUCGUCCCAGAUCGUGCAGUUUUGCCGUCACUGUUAUCGUCACGCAUCCAUUUCAGUUCAGACACACUACGCUGUCGUCUAGCAUCAAUGAAAAUGCCGACAAGGGAGUUCGGUUGAUAUUAACCCCAUCUCUAAAACUGUUGACGAACUUGACUAAAAUCACGUACAGUCUCCGCAAUGCAGACCAGUUACCGUUUACCGUCAAUCCGAAUACAGGAAUUUUGACCGUGUCGGGAUCAGUUGAUUACGAAGCAACUUCUCAUUACAAUGUUGCCGUAGUGGCUCGCACCUCUGUUGAUCCUCAAGUCUUCUCUGUUGCUCAUGUCGACAUCACAGUAAUUGACGAAAAUGACAAUCCUCCUCGUUUUCCUUUUUCUCAUUACAACGUCUACGUGAAAGAAGACGUGGAGAGAAGCGUAAUACUUUUGUCUCUCUCUGCAUCUGAUGUAGAUUCAAUAGGAGGACCGAUUGUGUAUUCAUUGACUUCACAGACAUCAGUCGACAAAAACUACCCGUUUGCAGUGUCGUCGUUUGCGCACGGACUGAUGAUUUAUGUAACAGAUAAGGCAGAGUUAGAUUACAAAAUCACAAACAGAUACGAACUGGUGAUCAAGACGUGGGAUCACGCCAAUUCCAGUUUAUUCAGUUUUGCUCACGUCACAAUUCACGUAGAAGAAGGAAAAUUUCCACGACCAGCUUUUCAACGAAGGUCAUACGACGGUUGGGUGCAAGAGAACACGGACAAUGGAGAAAUUGUGCUGACUAUACCAGCUCUAGCCUAUGGCAAGCUUAGCAAUCCAGUCACCUAUUCAAUAACAAACCAGAUGUCUGACGCAUUGCCCAUCUCCGCAUUUAACGUGUCUUCUAACGGCUCCAUUGUCGUAUCAAACUCGUCUCUUCUUGAUUACGAGAUUCUUCAUCAUAUCAGCUUCACACUUGUCGCUACAGUUACUAGACCUCGUCUACGCACAGCUCAAACGACCGUCACUGUUCGAAUAGAAGACGUCAACGACAACCGACCCCAAUUUGACAAGAACAAAUAUGAGACAGAGGUCGCUGUCAACGCCGCCAUUGGGUUUACUAUAGUAGAUGCAACGGCUCAAGACGCUGACUCUGGCUUGCUGAAUGGCCAUAUUUCUUACGGUAUCGAGUCUGGAAAUGACGAUGAAAUGUUUUCCAUCAACACGAUGGGCAAAGUUCAGUUGGCCAGAUCGUUGAACGAGAGCAGCCUAGCCAGAUACACGAUCACAAUUGUAGCUCGUGACCACGGACAGCCACCUCUAUCGUCUACAGCCACCGUUUAUAUUACUGUUUUGUUCAUGUCGUCAUCGAACUCACUGUUGGUCUCCUCAGCGUCGGUUUAUUCACCGUCGGUCAACUCAAUGUCGACCAACUCACCGUCAAGCUACUCACAGUCAGUCUUCUCAUCGUCAGCCUACCCACCGUCAGUCUACUCACCGUUAGUCUCCUCAACGUCAGUCUAUUCACCGUCGGUCAACUCACCGUCGGUCUACCCAUCGUCAGUCUAUUCACCGUCUGUCUCCUCAACGUUGGCUUACUCAACGUCGACGUACUUACUGUCAGACUACUCACAGUCUGUCUACUCAUCGCCAGUCUCACCGUCGUUCUCCUCAUCGUCGGUCUCCUCACCGUCGUUCUCCUCACCGUCGGUCUCCUCACCGUCGGUCUCCUCACCGUCGGUCUCCUCACCGUCGGUGUCCUCAUCGUCGGUCUCCUCACCGUCGGUCUCCUCAUCGUCGGUCUCCUCACCGUCGGUCUCCUCACCGUCGGUCUCCUCACCGUCGGUCUCCUCACCGUCGGUGUCCUCAUCGUCGGUCUCCUCACCGUCGGUCUCCUCAUCGUCGGUCUCCUCACCGUCGUUCUUCUCAUCGUCGGUCUCCUCAUCGUCGGUCUCCCCAUCGUCGGCCUACUCACUGUCAGUCUCCUCACCUUCACUCUACUUACCGUUGCUUUCCUCAACGUCUGUCAAUUCACCGUUGGUCAACUCGACGUCGACCUACUUACCGUCAGGGUACUCACAGUCGGUCUACUCAUCGUCAGUCUACCCACUGUCGGUCACCUCAACGUCGGCCUACUCACCGUCAGUCUACUCGCUUUCGGCCUUCUCAACGUCGGUGUACACAACAUCUGUCUACUCAACGUCGGUCUACUCAACAUUGGCCUUCUCGCCGUUACCACAAGCUGCUUCCACUUCUAAAGGUGUCUCGACUUUUGCAAUCGUUGGAGCUGCGAUUGGCUGCGCUGUUCUUCUCUUGUUUGCAAUUGUGCUCGCGGUUUCACUGAAAGUGAGAGCACGCAAACACAAACAGUAUCACGUACACGGCAAUAACAGUUACGACAGACCGUCAAAUCCCGGUUGUUCCUUACAAAUACAUAAUCCACUAUUUGACGAAGCGAAAGGAGACGAUGAAAUAGCAGAAGUUGCUAUUGACUUGUUGGAAGACGGAACGGAUGGCAUCGUGUACGCAAAUAGAUAUGCAAUUGAGCCAGUUUGCAAAAUAGCGGGAAACGACGGCGUCAGCGCCGCAGCCAAAAUACAACCUGACGCUUAAAAUUGAACAAUUAGAAACGAUAAAUAAAUGAAUGGUUUCUUUUACGAGUAGCUGUAAACUAUCAUAUUUCUAAAGUUGCAUUUCUUUGCGUUGUUAUGUGUUUGUUGCCCUAAGUUUGCUAUCUAGAGUGCUUUACUAAUGACUAGUUUAGUUAAGUUUUAUGCGUUUAUGUAGACACAACGAUUAUUUAUAAAAAGUCAAAUUUGGCGUUUUCUGUGACAAA